AUGCCCAACCGGCCAAGAUGUUUAUUCAUACCUAUCAAUUUAUUUCAAUCUACCUACCUAUCUAUCUAUCUAUCUAUCUAUCUAUCUAUCUAUCUAUCUAUCUAUCUAUUUUUGCAUUUUUCAUCUACCUAUCUAUCUAUCUAUGUUCAUAUCUCGAUGUGUCUGCGUCUUUUCAUAUCUAUCUACUUAUUGAUUAUUAAUUCGUUUUUCGUUUGUUUCUUCUAUCUUUCGUUAUUUCUUUCUUUGUUUCCUUCGUUCUUUUUUCUUUUUUUUAUUCUUUCUUUCUUUCUUUCUUUCUUUCCCUCUCUCUCUCUCUCUCUCUCUUUCUUUCGUUCUUUCUCUAAUUCUAUGAACCAGCAUUGUUUUUUCCUUAUUUUCCUUUCAUUCUCUUUCAAACAAAAUGUCUUCUUUCUUUUACACCUUUCUUUCUCUUUUCUUGCUAUUCGUUAUCUUUCAGAAAAACUUAUAUCUUUACUUUUAUUUUAUUUUCUAUCUUUCGUAUUAUUACUUUCUUUCACGAUGAAAUUCUAUUUUCGACUCUUUUUUUUAUUCUCUUUCAACCCAUUCUCCUGUAAAUCUCGGCAUCGUACUCUUCUUCUCUCUAGUUUCAACAAACCAUGUCUACCACUUCUCUCUCUUUCUCAUUUUGUCUCGCUAAUUCCAGUCUUCAGCAUGUUCAAAUCUAUCAGGGCUUGUGCCAGGAAAACAAGAUCGCACUGUAGGAUUUCAUGGAAGGUGACUCAACACGCAUGA